GUACUCGUGGUGCAGCAAGCGGCUGCUGGAGCAGCGGUACUCCUGGUCCAGCCACCUCACCCUGGCUGACCUCAUUCCCCUGGAGAGCCCAGCAGGUGCCAGCUGUGCCAGCAAGCAGGACUGGCCAGAGAGAGUGGUGGUGGGACACAACGUGGCCUUUGACCGAGCGUUCAUCAAGGAGCAGUACCUCAUCCAGGGCUCCCGGGUGCGUUUUUUGGACAGCAUGAGCAUGCACAUGGCCAUCUCAGGGCUGACGAGCUUCCAGCGCAGCCUUUGGAUGGCUGCCAAGCACGGCAAGAGGAAGGGUCUGCAGCAGGUCAAGGAGCACAUACAGAAAACACGCAGCAAAACAGAGGGGGUGCUGAGCAGCUGGCAGUGGCAUGAGGUGGCCUUGGUUUAAAACGGAGCAGCAGCAUCCUUUACCUCUCCUGAUCUCGGCCGCAGCUAGCCGCUGGAGAAGGAGGCGCGGGAGCUCUUUGUGAAGGGGACCAUGGCUGACAUCAGGAGUAACUUCCAGGACCUGAUGUCCUACUGUGCCAGUGAUGUCCAAGCCACUCACGAGGUAUUUCAGGAGCAACUGCCACUGUUCAUGGAGAGGUGUCCCCACCCUGUGACGUUUGCAGGGAUGCUGGAGAUGGGGGUGUCCUACCUACCGGUCAACGGGAACUGGAAGAGGUACCUGGACGAUGCUCAGGGUAUCUACGAGGAGCUGCAAAAGGAGAUGAAGAAGUCCUUGAUGAACCUGGCCAACGAUGCCUGCCAGCUGCUGCACGAGGACAGGUACAAGGAUGACCCCUGGCUCUGGGAUCUUGAGUGGGACACGCAGGAAUUUAAGCAGAAGAAGAAUCCAGGGAAGAAAAAGAAGAAGAAGGAUCAGGAUGAGAACAGCAAAGCCUCUGUUGCGGCGGCUGGCACAGAUGGGUCCAUGCAGGAGUGGCCGGAAGACCCUGGUCCCCCCAGUGAGGAUGAGGAGCUGAAAGCCACUGCAAGCCAGGUCUGUCUGGAGCGUCUGAAGGAGACGGUUGUGCUGCAACCCAAGAGACUCCAGCACCUGCCAGGCCACCCGGGCUGGUACCGCAAGCUGUGCCCACGCCUGGAGGAGGCGGGGUGGGUGCCAGGACCCAGCCUCAUCAGCCUGCAGAUGAGGGUGACCCCGAAGCUGAUGCGCCUGGCCUGGGAUGGCUUCCCGCUCCAUUACUCGGAGAAGCACGGCUGGGGCUACCUGGUGCCGGGGCGGCAGGACAAUUUGAAGACAGCCCCCUCAGAGGCAGAGGGCCCUCCCUGCCCACACAGGGUGAUCGAGCACCUGUACAGGCAGCACUGCCUGGAGAAAGGCAAGGAGCAGCCCCCAGUGCUGGAAGCUGCCAUAGAGGAUGAGCUGCUGGUGAUGGAUGGCAGCACGAUGUGGCGGCAGGCGGAGGAGCUGGACCAGCUGGAGGUGGAUGCGGAGGAGAAAAUGAGCACAGCAGACCAGAGCCUGGUCCAGGGGGAGAUGGGUGAGCUGUGCAGGCUGGUGGAGGCGAGGAGCCAGCCCUUGUUCCACCACGGCAAUGGUCCCUACAACGACGUCAACAUCCCCGGGUGCUGGUUCUUCAAGCUGCCUCACAAGGAUGGGAACGAUAACAAUGUGGGAAGCCCUUUUGCCAAGGAUUUCCUGCCCCGGAUGGAGGACGGCACCCUGCGAGCUGCCGUGGGCCGCGUCCAUGGGACCAGAGCCCUCGAGAUUAACAAAAUGAUCUCGUUUUGGAGGAACGCUCACAAACGGAUCAGUUCCCAGAUGGUGGUGUGGCUGAAGAAGGGGGAGCUGCCUCGCGUGAUAACCAGGCACCCCGACUAUAACGAGGAGGAUGAUUACGGAGCCAUCCUACCGCAGGUGGUGACCGCGGGCACCAUCACCCGCCGGGCAGUGGAGCCCACGUGGCUGACAGCCAGCAAUGCCCGGGCUGACCGGGUGGGCAGCGAGCUCAAAGCCAUGGUCCAGGUGCCACCUGGCUACUCCUUGGUGGGUGCAGAUGUGGAUUCCCAGGAACUCUGGAUAGCUGCCAUCCUCGGCGAGGCACACUUCACCGGCAUGCACGGCUGCACAGCCUUUGGCUGGAUGACUCUGCAGGGGAAGAAGAGCAACGGGACAGACCUGCACAGCAAGACGGCCACCACGGUGGGCAUCAGCCGGGAGCACGCCAAGGUCUUCAACUAUGGACGCAUCUACGGGGCCGGGCAGCCCUUUGCCGAGCGGCUGCUGAUGCAGUUCAACCAUCGGCUGACACAGCAGCAGGCACGGGAGAAGGCUCAGCAGAUGUACAUGGUCACCAAGGGUGUCCGGAGGUUUCGUCUCUCUGAGGAUGGGGAGUGGCUGGUGAAGGAGUUGAACUUGGCUAUGGACAGGGCAGAGGAUGGAUCAGUGUCAGCCCAGGAUGUCCAGCGCCUCCAGAGAGAAGCCACGAGAAGGUCCCGGAGGAAGAAGAAGUGGAACGUGGUGGAGAACCGAGUGUGGGCUGGAGGCACUGAGUCCGAAAUGUUCAACAAGCUGGAGAGCAUUGCCUUAUCCCCCUCUCCGCAGACCCCGGUGCUGGGCUGUCACAUCAGCAGGGCCCUGGAGCCUGCCGUGGCCCAGGGGGAGUUUCUGACCAGCAGAGUGAACUGGGUGGUGCAGAGCUCUGCUGUCGACUACCUGCACCUCAUGCUGGUUGCCAUGAAGUGGCUCUUCGAGGAGUUUGACAUCAACGGGCGCUUCUGCAUCAGCAUCCAUGAUGAGGUGCGGUACCUGGUCCAGCAGCAGGAUCGGUACCGGGCAGCCCUGGCCCUGCAGAUCACCAACCUCCUCACGCGGUGCAUGUUUGCCUACAAACUGGGCCUCCAGGAUCUGCCACAGUCAGUGGCUUUCUUCAGCGCAGUGGAUGUUGACCAGUGCUUAAGGAAAGAGGUGACCAUGAACUGCGUGACACCAUCAAAUCCAACUGGCAUGGAGAAGAAAUAUGGCAUCCCUGAAGGAGAAGCACUGGAUAUAUAUCAGCUAAUUGAAAUAACCAAAGGUUCGCUGGAGAAGAAGUGA